AUGGCUGGUGAGCCUUGGAGUAUUGAUCCGACAGCGCUACUGCACACGCAUAGCAAUACGGGCGGGGAUGCGAACGCACGGCAAGGCGAGCGGGUGAGCUUGAACCUGGAUUACGCGGCGAAGGACGCGGUGGGCGAGCUGGGACUGGCCGUGGAGGCUGAGUCGGAGUACUUCGAGCUGGGGACGGAAAACUACGAGGACAUCGACGAGUUCUUGACGCAGGAGCUGCGGGAUCUGGAUAUCCCGGUAGCCCCGGCGCCGGGGGGAUGUGCGGGCCUAGUGGAGCCCCCAGCUUGCUAUCCGAAACGGCCCGAGGAGGAGGACGUGGGUAUUUUUGCCAGCGCGUUGGACUGGACAGCGCUGGAACACGUUGGAUCCGAUUCGCGAACCGAGCCCGAGCAGUGCGUGGACCGCAGAACAGGCCGGCGGACCCCUAGUGGUACAGCAAUAUUCGGAUUCUCGAGACACAACAAGACCUUAAACAUAGGAGCUGGAGGAAUUGCGGGCGACGAUCCGGAGCGAGGAGAGUUGCUCGACGUGAAGGAGAAGCAGAGCCUGCCAGCCAUGAGCAGCUUGAUCAUCAAGCAGCAGGAGGAGUUGGGCUUGGCACUGGAGCGCCAGAAGGAAAUGAAUCGGCAGCUGGAGGAGCAACUAAAGAUCACGCAACUUCAGCAGAAGCAGCUUCAGGCGGUGCUCAACCAACAGGAGUCUGCCGGCCGGAAGCUGGGAGGAAACACAUCGAUCAUGACGCCAUUGCAUCACCCUCAAGAAUAUGAUAGCGUUCUGCUUGCAUCAGCUUCCAGGUCGGGUGGUUACACUUUUCCAAUCCUAAGCGAGGAAGAAGAAGAUGAUGACAAAGAGCCGCCAGAUACCGUCCUGACCGGCUCGCGUGCAACUUUGAAUGGGUCUCCCCGGAAACAGUACUUGCCGUUGCAGGAGACCGGUGCGUUGGAUACACUCGGUGCUGUUUCUCCUCGCGGCACUGCUAUGGAUAAAUUACCGCCGAAGACUGUGCCUCCAAUUUCAAUUGAGAGACCGUUGAAGCUCUUUCCCACGGGAGUGCAGCAACAGCAGCACCAUCAACAGCAACAGCAGCAACAGCAACAGCAGCAACAGCAACAGCAACAGCAGCAGCAACAUGGUAAACAGCCAUGCCUUAUCAGACAAACAUUUACAGUGGGAUCCAUUGAUUCGGGACUGGGAGAUCAAAGUCCACUAAGCCCCCGCCACCAAUUGGUCGCUUCAUCGCCAAAACUUGCAUACGAAUCAUCGGUCACCCCUGUCUUGCACCGGAACUCCAAAUCCUUGUCUUCUACCCCGUCUACUGUCUUCGUCCCAGCUGAACCUGAAUCUGAACUUUCAAUCACUUCUGGCAAGUUACAACGUCCUACAACGAUUGGUCUCGGGUUACACUAUCAUGAUUCUCAACAACCUCUGGUACAGACAACAAAUCGACCAGUUUCUAUGGGAAUGCUCCCCAGUUAUAAAAGUAAAGCAUUUAGUGGUAAGGAAUCGCUUUCGCCUCCAGGAUAUCCUCAGAAAUAUCGCUUCCAGCAAACCCCGCUCCGGGAUUCGCCGCAACGUGUAAUGCCUAUAGGUUCCGGGCGGAGUUCAGGAUCGUAUCCAAUGAACCCAAACCUAUUUGAAAUGAUGAAGUCUCCACAACUGAGACCGCCAGGUGGCGCCUACUAUACCCAUUGUCGAACAAGGUCGGACUCCACCGAAUAUGCAGAAGAUAGGGUCCCAGAAUUUGUGCAUGCAAAGAGUCCAUCACCAAUUCUCCUCUCCCAAGAGAAAUUUGAUAAGACGCAUCAAUUCCAUGGUGUUUCGGGCACUCUAGGAGGUAGUGUAAUGAAUGGGGUGGGAUGCAAGAAAGUCUUUGAUGGACACCGUCCGCCAGGUCAAUAUAUGGGGCAAUCUUCCAUAUACAGCCCCGAACGCUCGUCGCCAAUGAAGAAGGCGAGUAACUUGCCGCAAGGUGAAAUUGACCAGUACAUAAAGAAGCUCCAGGAUAAGACUUUCCAAUGCUUAUAUCCGGAAUGCGGCAAGCUUUUUAACAGGCGUUAUAAUAUUCGAUCGCACAUCCAGACGCAUUUGGAGGAUAGACCGUUCCGUUGCGACCACGAGGGCUGCACGAAGGCAUUUGUCCGCAACCACGACCUGAUAAGACAUAAAAAAACACACGCAGAAAAAACGUUUACUUGCCCAUGCGGCAAGAAAUUCAGUCGUGAAGAUGCGUUGCUCACUCACCGGACCAGAAUGAUAUGCGUGGGCGGCAAAAAAUUUGAUAAUAUCGUAAUCAAGAAGUCCCCGAGGAAGCGUGGCAGACCUAAGAAAGAAGGCAGUAGUGCACAUAACAGCCCGGUAAAAGAUGUUCUUGCAAGAGAUUACUCCGGCACUGUCACUCUCAAAAUGGAGAAACAGCUUCAGAAGGAGCCAGUUAAUCCUGACCUACUGCAGGUUCCAGGUUCCACUCCCAAAGCAAAAAUUACUAUGACCCCAGUCGCACUACGUGGAUUUAUAACAAGUCCGUAG